GCUGGUGUGCGAGGGCCGAGAGCCGGACGAGCCCAGAUACCGACGGCUGCACGGCAGCGGGGAGCGGUUUGGCGGAGACACAGGGCCGCUCCGAGGCCGCUGCGAUGCUGCCCUCCUUGCAGGAAUCGCUGGAUGGGGAUGAAAAGGAGCUAGAGAGCAGCGAAGAGGGAGGCUCAGCCGAGGAGCGGAGACUCGAGCCGCCGUCCAGUAGCCACUACUGUCUCUACAGCUACCGCGGAAGCAGAUUGGCACAGCAACGAGGGGACAGUGAUGACGGAAGCCCAAGUGGCACAAAUGCAGAAACUCCCUCUGGUGAUGAUUUCAGCCUCUCCUUGGUGGAUAGUAAUCUACCAACCGAAGUGGAGCCAGAGCUGCGCAGUUUCAUUGCUAAGCGUCUUUCAAAAGGUGCAGUCUUUGAAGGACUGGGUCAUGUUGCAUCUGUGGAGCUGAGAAUUCCAGGUUACCGAGUUGGUUGUUAUUACUGCCUUUUCCAAAAUGAAAAACUGCUUCCUGAAACAGUAACAAUGGACUCUGAACAUAACCCUUCAGAAUAUGUGGUCUGUUUUUUAGGAGGCUCUGACAAAGGACUUGAGCUUUUCAGGCUUGAAUUGGACAAGUACAUUCAAGGCCUGAAAAAUAACAUGAACUGUGAGGAAAGGGGCCUGGAGAGUCCUUUAAAAUCCUAUCUGAGCAGCUGGUUUGAGGAUGUUGUAUGCCCAAUCCAAAGGGUGGUUCUUCUGUUUCAAGAAAAGCUUACCUUUCUGCUACAUGCUGCUUUGAGUUAUACUCCUGUUGAAGUUAAAGAAUCAGAUGAAAAAACAAAGAGAGACAUUAACAGGUUUUUGAGUGUGGCCAGUCUUCAAGGACUUAUUCAUGAAGGCACCAUGACUUCUUUGUGCAUGGCCAUGACAGAGGAGCAGCAUAAGUCUGUGGUCAUCGAUUGCAGUGGCUCCCAGCCUCAGUUCCACAAUGCAGGUGAGCUGCAACCUCUGAAGCAGUCUUCCUAGAUCUCUUGUGAGUCACCAUCUUUGCAGUGAGAGCAUAUGAUACCUUCUUCCUGCCUUGUACAGUUUUACAUGGUUAUCUUAAACCAUGAGAAACCA